UAGAAUUCUCACUUAUUACUUCUACAAAAAAACUCAACCGUUUUUUCUCUCGUUUAUCAUUUCUAGGGUUUGCUUUCUUCCUCGAUCGAUCGACCGACUAUGUCUACUCCAAAGAAGAUCGCGUUGAAGAGUUCCGAUGGAGAGAUUUUCGAGGUGAGUGAGGCGGUUGCUUUGGAAUCGCAGACCAUCAAGCAUCUGAUCGAGGACGAUUGCGCCGACUCAACCAUCCCUCUUCCUAAUGUUACAAGCAAGAUCUUGGCAAAGGUACUUGAGUACUGUAAUCGCCAUGUUGAAGCCUCUACUAAGAAAGAAGACAAGGCCGCUGAGGAUGAGUUGAAGACCUUUGACGUUGAAUUUGUUAAAGUUGAUCAGGGAACUCUCUUCGAUCUGAUUCUGGCUGCUAACUUCCUGAACAUUAAGAGCCUGCUUGAUCUCACUUGUCAGACUGUGGCAGACAUGAUCAAAGGAAAGACUCCAGAGGAGAUCCGCAAGACCUUCAACAUCAAGAAUGACUUCACACCCGAGGAAGAGGAGGAGGUUAGGAGGGAGAAUGCUUGGGCAUUUGAGUGAAGCUGAUGUUUUCAUAUUCUGGUGAUAGAGUUGCAGUAUACACUAGUAGAAUCUUCUGUCAACAAUCGUUAUGUUAGUAGUAAAUAUGUUCUUAAUGUUUUUGUUUUUGGGACCUUUAGAUUUCUUUGUUCUUCCUAACUUUUGCAUUGCAACUGUUUAAAUCGUUGUUCAAUGAAGACUAGUUAAUCCUC